AUUGAUAUCUAUCUCUCACUCUCUUGCCGUGUGUUUUUUGCGACACUGCUGGUGCAGUACUACGCUCUUUGCACACCUCUGCACCUAGUGAUAUCUCCUCUGACCGCAGAACGGUGAAUCCCUCACGUCAGCCUGUUAAAAGGAAGCUCUCUUCUGCUUCGGUUUCAAAAGUCAAAUUAAACGUUGACAAAACCGCAGUUUCGUUGAAGAUUAGGUACCGGUACUACGACUUAGAACCUACAAUAAUAUCACUUACAGAAAAGAGAGCAUAAUCAAAAGUGCCUCACGUUAGCUCAGCGUGUAGCUGCAAUGUUAUCAGUCUGAUCCAAAUUAUUCUAGACAGUUGUAAGCCCUCGUUCGUGAAAAUUUAUCAAGUUUUCGAUAAAUUUGAUGGCGUUUCUCUGGCUAUCCACCUUUAUUAUUUACAUCUUUUCAAUCAUCGUUCAAGUACGAGGUGGACGAGUCACUAGAAUUAGUCCAGUCUCUGGAAGUGUCCGUGGAGCGACAAGGUUGACAAUCUUUGGCGAAGGGUUCGCAGAAAGUCAGUUCAAUUACUACGUACCUCAGCUCGGUAACAAUGUUACACUGAUAUCGGUCACAGGUACGCAUGCGCUUGCCUGUGACGUCAUCCCAUAUUAUACUAAUAGACAGCAAAUCGUCUGUAACACCAGGCCUUCGCCGUUUGGAUUCGGUGCGUAUAAUAUUCGAGUUCAAGUCGAUGGUGUUUUGCUACGAAGCAUUAAGGGCAGCACUUAUUGCGAUGGAGAAUGCGUCUUCAAGUACGAAGACAAUGCAACUCCCACGGUAACGUCCAUAUCUCCAAGAUAUGGAGUACCAGGUAGUGUGAUCACUAUUCGUGGCAGGAUAUUCACAGAUCGAUACGUGGAAGCAGAGGGAACCAAUUCUGAUGGAGUCUCUAUCCUCAGGGUGUUUGCAGGCUCAGGAAUGUGCGAACCGCUUAACCAAGACACCAAAGAAAUGUAUGGUAUUGCGUUUGAUAAAUAUAGCUCAAGCACAGGCUACAUUAAAUGCAGGACUACCCCCACAACUGUAGGAUCCCAUCGCGUGUCCUUCAUUGUAUCAAAGUAUGGUCGUUCACUCAUGUCUAAGGAUGCUCUAUUGGUGGAUUCACAGGAUAAACUUUAUAUGUUCCAGGCACAUGCAGGUACAUAGAUCAAUAAGUAUUCUCUCGUGUUCUUCACACUGUCAGAGUAUUCAUUAUGUUAUAUCUUGUAAUGCAUCUCAGUCUCUCUGUUUCUCUCACUCUCAUUUUUGUCAUCUCUAUCGCAUCUUUAUCGCAUCCGUUGUGCCCCACUAAAAUACCUGCAGCAAGUUAAA